UUAAAAGUAAAGAAAAGACUUUUAAUGUAGAAAAAAAUAAACAAUGGAACGUACAAAGAGUGGAUGCGGAUAUGCCUCAAUCAAAUAUAAUUAAAAGAGACACCUCAGAAACAGCGACACAAGAACCUAACAAAACUGAUGACGUUAACAAGGAAGAAAAAAAGGAGGAAGGAACGCCAACAGCUUGGAUUGCAGCCAUUGUCAUUAAUGGAAUUUUGGUUUUAUUAUUCAUUGGUUUUGUAAUUUACUGCUACUGUAAAAGUAAACAAAGUUUGCACACUCAUUGCAAAGCUAGGCAAGAAGGAAGCGAUCGAUUAUUAUCAGGAAAUUCUAGUAUUCAUAUGAUGGAAAAGAAUUUCGAUGGAGAACCCGAUAGGAUGUAUAAUGAAAAAGCUGCUAAUCUGUCGGGAAACGAGAAGGCUGCCCUGCUCGAUCAUUCGGUGUUUACCGUAGAGGACGAGAAGAGAAGGCUGGAGGACGAGGCGGACAGAUACUCGACACCAAUCAGUGGGAGAAACUCUUCCCGUGAUCCACGUUGUACAUGUGGUACCCUAGAUUGCUGUUGCAAUCAAAGAGAUAAUCCGCCUUACGAAUCCAGAUACGGUAGUGCCCCACAUUCGGCUAGACAAUUUCCUCAACAUGAGGAAGAAGAAGAAAAGGAAUUUGCUUACGACGAGCAGAGGCAGAAUGAAGUCGAGGAUGUAUGGAAGCCUCCUAGCAGAACAUAUUCUGCUAGUAGUAGAAAUGCUAUGAACGAUGCUGACUAUUUACCCGGAGCAAUAAGUCCCAUUGACGACGUUGAAGAAUCAGUAAGACCACCACCUACACCAGUCGUCAAUCCUACUCCUAUUAUUCCUCCCAAAAUCCAACCAAAACCCGAUAGAAAAUAUUACGUUUACAUGGUAACCGACGAAUACGGUUCUAGAGAAUGCAUCGGAUUUAUCAAAAUAAAAGACGAUAAUGAAACGACAUUAAGGGAUUUGAGAGAAAAAAUUGAAAAUGCCGAACCAGUCAUUACAGAAGUUAUUGGAAAAGAUUAUAAUUUUGUCACUGAAGAUUUUCAAGACAUCACAUAUCAAGAAGGUUCUUUAUAUGCACAUCGUGUAUAUCCAUCUCAAGGAAUUAAUAUUAAGUUAGUUAAAGAAGAACCAUCCUAUAACAGUUAUUCAGAUCAUAACAAUUUAAAUAAUCACAAUAAUUAUGAUAAUAAGCCCAAAAAACCAUCAGUUAGAAGAACAGAUUCGAAAAGAAAACCCCCACCUUAUGUUGGGCCACUUGGUAUGUGUGGUUCCUCCGACUGUGAUAAACCAGCGCGAAUAAAAUGCCUAGAUUGUAACAGCAUAGCAUAUUGCAGCACUCGAUGUAUGAGGUUAGAUGGCCCUAAUCACAAAAAAUCAUGCUAUAUAAAAGAAGAAAAUGUAUUUUAAAAGAAACAGAUGUGUUUUGAUCUUCGUAAGGUAGCCGUGAAUGGAUUGUUUAAAAUGUUUUGUGGCUCCGCAAAAGUUUGAAGUUGGACAGCCCUUUUUUUACACGAUCACUAUCAAUCACAUGAUGUAUUUUAAAUGUUUUUCAAUAAAGGAUUUUUUGCGGCAUGUACAU